AUGUUCACCUUCUCGCGGCCUGGCAAAACCCAGAGGGCGACCGACAAUGAAGCGCUAACAAUUGACGAUUGUACAAACAAUCCAUCUGACGCCUCCGGGUUCGUGUACAGUCCAUUACACAACCCCACAAAAGAGAUCCGUCUUCUGGUUCUGAAAUCCAAGUAUCAGUCUGAGCGUGGCAGUUACAGAUACAACAUCGAAUGCUCUCUCCGUCUUGUUCCCUUGUACCUCCUCUCCAUUACCAACUAUGAAGCACUAUCUUACACUUGGGGAUCCCCGGAAGACGGCGUCAGAGAGAUCCGCUUAGGGGGCAAGCCAUUCGACGUGAGAAUAAAUCUAUGGUGGGCUCUAGACCAUUUGAGGUAUCCCGAUCGACCUCGCAUUCUCUGGAUUGAUGCUUUGUGCAUAGAUCAGUCAAACGAGAUAGAGCGAAACCAUCAAGUCCGGCAAAUGGGUCUGGUCUACAGAGAAGCCAGCAAGGUCAUCGUCUGGUUAGGACUACCGGCGGCAAACAGCAACGCUGCUUUCGAAUUUAUCGUCGACGGCAACACUGCUUCUCUAGACAUCCAGGCUGGCGCUUGCGAAAUCAGUAAUCCAGUCCACACAACUAACUUGAAUGCGUUCUUCGCGUUGUGCGAGAGAGGAUAUUGGUCAAGGCUGUGGGUGGUCCAGGAGAUUGUGCUUGCAAAAGAGCUUAUGGUUAGUUGCGGCCCCAACGUGGCAACAUGGACAGCCUUUAGCAGAGCGCUCCAGGGGUAUGAACACUACGACAGAAUCAAGAGCAGUCUGCCUUACCUCUUCGACCGUCAACGAAGCGAUAGAUACUACGAAUGUCGCUUGAUCAACCUUCUUGAGGCUUGUCAGGCCUCCGAAUGCGCCGAUCCACGAGACAAAGUCUAUGGGCUCCUCGGCCUCGCGAAUGACUGCGGAGAGGACGAAUUAGUGGUGGAUUAUUCCAAGACGGUAUACGAAGUUUAUAGGGAUGUCAUUGCGUUC